AUGACAAGUUCAUAUCCUGGAGUUAAACUCUCCUCCAUUAAUGGACACCUGAUUUGUGGACUGUGUGGUGGUUAUUUAAUAGAUGCGACUGUUCUUACAGAAUGUAUCCAUGUCUUCUGCAGAAGCUGCAUCCUCAAGUAUUUAUUAGAGCACAAAAUUUGUCCAUUAUGUCAAAGUUUGGUACAAGAAACCAGACCUGGCCAAGCCCUCCGUCCCGAUGUCGCUUUACAGCGGAUUGUAUAUAAAUUGGUCCCGGGUUUACUGAAGACUGAGAUGAAAAGAAUCUCGGAAUUCAAAGAAUUGUAUUUGAAAGAGUUGUCCUGCACAGACAAAAUGGUUUGCACCAAGGAAAUUCUCCCCAAAAACUGCAUUCCGAGUAGCACUGCUAGUUAUAGCAUUUCAGAUCUUUGUUCUUCACCCCUUCCAACUGCUCUUGCAACUCGAUCGCUUUCUAAAAGUCCAUGUGGACUUGUUUCUUCAACUCAUGCAACUCAAAUGCUUGUUUCCAACCGUUUACCAAAUUCUGCCGCAUUUCUAGUAGCAGAUGAUGAAUUUGUGAGUUUGGCUCUAAUACAUUUAACAAGUUUUCCGUCAUAUUCAAAGAUAUCUGAAUCGGUAAUUUGUAAACGUCACGACAGUUUCAAAUUAGCUUCAAAAAAUGAAUCUAGUCGUUCCCAACCCCCUUCACCACUUUCUAAUGAACAGUAUUCUAACUCAAUAUAUCUUUUAUGUCCGGCUGUAGUAACUGUCGCUAACCUCCAUCAUCUAUUGCUAUCCAAAUAUCAACUUGAUCCUACCAGGCAAAUUGUAGAUUUAUACCUCGAUGGAGAAUGUUUAGAACCAUCUCAUAGUCUGCGUGAAGUAGCAUUUCUAUAUUCGUUUCCCACGCGAACUCAGCGGAUGUAUUUGCAGUUUGUUUUUACAGAAGCAUGUUCAGCUUGGUGGGGGACGCCGAUGCCACAUCUUGAGCGACUACAGCCAAAACGUCCUAAUACUUCUUUCAAAGAUCACUACACCGACUCUAAUUCCAUAAAUAUUUGCCUCUCUAGCCUCAAUCAUGCUACUAAAUUGUGCCAAACCUCAAGUAAACACAGCAAAAGAGCGUCGUUUUAA